AUGUCACACAGUACAGGCAGUCCAAUUGUACGUCCGCAGGAGGAUCACGAAGGCCUCCAAGUCGUUCCCGACGACGGUCUUCAAACCCCAGACCCAGAAGAAUCCCCCACAACCAAAGAUCUUAAAUUUCAACCAUAUUCCGCAGGAUCCGCCUAUGGCGGCACCUUGAACGUUCGUGAACCUGAUCACGACGUCCCGCCAGUCCCAGAAUCACCUCCCCCAGCUUUUCAUCUCAUAAACGAAUAUAAGUUAGGUCAUAACAAUACAUUACCUGUUGAAGAUACGCCUCUGCCACAGACGAUUAAAAAGAAACGAGUGUGCGGAUUGAAGAAGAGAACAUUCUGGUUGUUGAUAAUAUUAUUACUGAUCGCAAUCAUCGCAUUAGCCGUCGGUCUAGGUGUAGGACUUGGCGGGUCUGAAUCAUCAACCUCUUCUAGCUCCUCAUCCGGGUCUACGACCGCCACAGGUACAUCCUCUGCGGCACCAUCUGCCUCUUCCCCCAUUGGCCAAACAUGCGUCAAAGGUACAGGACCAGGAAAUUAUCUCGGUCUCUGUGACUUCUCCUGCAACUUUGGCUAUUGUCCCUUUCCCUGCUCCUGCGUCCAGUUUUCCUCAACCGCAGUCCCACCGCCCCCCAUCUCAAACACACCUGGAUUUCCACUACCGGGACUCAAUGCGGAUUAUUCCGGCUUGUGUAGUUUUACGUGCAACCAUGGUUAUUGUCCCGACGGAGCUUGUACCACGGAUGCUUCUGCCGCUGCAGGAAAUUCUUCUUCGAGUGCUGUGUCAACGCCGAGUUCGACAUCUUCAACACUGCCGACUUCGAGUCUGGCGCCGUUGACGUUGACGGCGCCGACAAGUACGGUGGUUGUUACUUUACAGGGCUCGCAGACUAGUACGGUAAUUGUGGUGCCAACUUCGACUGGUUAG